CAUCUGGAAGUGCUCUCUGGGAUGAAAGAAUUGUUUGUUAAGUGAAGUAGCAGUUCUGGUCAGCAGAAGAACCAGGGACUUCUGAUGUUUGCAGCAAUACUGCAAAUCAAUGCUGCUCAGCAUGGCAGUGAUGGAAAUGCUCUUUAUGUCUGUAACACUUUUCAUAGAUAGAAAAUUGCUUGAAUUAAAUAAUCUGAAUUCUUACACUUUGUGUAGGAACUGUCCUAAUACUCCAUAAACUAUCGAUAUGGUCAUAAUGUGACUUCUUUAUAGAUAAAAAAAUCAGUCUUUGGUUCCUUUUGGAAGUUUUUGUAGGAAAGCAUUAACUUUUGAAGAUUUUGGCAAAGAGCAAAGAUAGGUAAUUCAGACUUGAAAUUGCGUAUUUGCAGUAUUCUCACAUCAGCUGGUGUUUUUCUGACAGAGGUCUCUGAUGUGCAUGUGUUCCACUCUGGCAUGUUUUCUGGACAGUAGUUGAUAGAGAAAUAACUAACAAAACAUAAAAUCUCAAACUCACAUAUUCUGUAAAAUUGGGCAUUUUAUGUUCACUUCCUUAAUAGAAGUGAAAGGAGGAGUCAAGGGAAGAUAUCAUGCAUCUGUCAAUAAACAGAUAAAACUUGGUUUUUAUUUCUAUUUAAUUGUGUGUUUAGAGCUCUGGCUAACUGAAUGGUACUUAAAAUAGACAUCUGUUCUUUAGAGGGAAAGGUUUAUGCUCACUUCUUUAUUCACAAAACCUCUUGCAAACUUUAGUUGUAAGAAAAUGUCAAAAAUAAGGAAUAAAGAAUUUACAGGACUUAUGGAAAUAUUACUGUAUUACUGAAGUUAUGAAAUAAGAAAUAGAAAGUGUCUUUUCCUACUGGGCAGUAGGCUAUGUCCCAGCUGGGUAGCAAAUUGCAAAAUACCUAUGUCUGUUUGUUAUUUUGGAUUUUUUCCCUUUCAUCAAAAGCACCAAGGAAACAUCUGGGUUAGGUUCAAGAGCAGCAAAUUAUUUAAGUCAUUGUUGGACAUUAUUCAAGCUCUUCUGUUCAGCCUCUGUUUAACUUUUUCCAAACUCGGAUGGCAUUUUUCUAUUUCGAAAUAUCCACUUUCAAGAAAAUUAUCCUUAGAAGUUUGUAUGUUGUUUUAGUGAUAACUCUUUAGGUAGAAAACACACCCUCCUGCAGUUUUACUGUAUCUAUUUCCUAGAAAUCCUAAAAUUUUAUAGGACAUGUUUUGAGUUUAUGUAACAUGAUCAGGCAGAUAAUGUUCUUGUUGCUCUUUCUGGUGAUCUUCCAGUCUCUAUCUUCCAUCAGAUGAAAUCUGUCUUUCAUCCUCUUUCAAUUUAUUCUGGCUUCAUUUUGCUACAUGCAGAUAUAUGCAGAGUGUGUCGGUCGGAAGGAACUCCUGAGAAACCCCUCUAUCAUCCAUGUGUGUGUACUGGCAGUAUUAAAUUUAUUCAUCAGGAAUGCUUAGUUCAGUGGCUUAAACACAGCAGAAAAGAAUACUGUGAAUUAUGUAAGCACAGAUUUGCUUUCACACCAAUUUAUUCCCCAGAUAUGCCUUCACGGCUUCCAAUCCAAGACAUCUUUGCUGGACUGGUUACGAGUAUUGGCACAGCAAUACGAUACUGGUUUCAUUAUACACUUGUGGCCUUUGCAUGGUUGGGAGUAGUACCUCUUACUGCAUGUCGUAUCUACAAGUGCUUGUUUACUGGCUCUGUGAGCUCACUACUGACACUGCCAUUAGAUAUUCUGUCCACGGAGAAUUUGCUGGCUGACUGUUUGCAGGGCUGUUUUGUGGUGACAUGCACUCUGUGUGCAUUUAUCAGCCUUGUAUGGUUACGUGAACAGAUCGUCCAUGGAGGAGCACCACAGUGGUUGGAACAAAAUCAACAACAGCCACUCAAUGGUGUUGGUCAACAAAAUGAGGCUCAGGCUGCUGUAAAUGGAGGUGUUGAAAAUGCUGUGCUUGAUCAACCUGCUAACCCAGCUGCUGAGAACGUAGUUGUUGGUGAGAACCCUGAAAUUCAAGAGGAGCAAGUAGAUGAAGAAGAGGAAGAUAACGAAGAUGAAGAGGAUGCUGUAGUAGAAGAUGCAGCAGAUGCAAACAAUGGAGCACAAGAUGACAUGAACUGGAAUGCUUUGGAAUGGGAUCGAGCAGCAGAAGAGCUUACUUGGGAGCGAAUGCUUGGACUUGAUGGAUCUCUAGUUUUCUUAGAACAUGUCUUUUGGGUUGUGUCUUUAAAUACGCUCUUUAUACUUGUCUUUGCAUUUUGUCCAUACCACAUUGGUCAUUUCUCCAUUGUUGGCCUGGGCUUUGAGGAAUAUGUCCAAGCAUCUCACUUUGAAGGCCUGAUUACAACUAUAGUGGGAUAUGUUCUUCUAGCAGUGACUCUAAUUGUUUGUCAUGGUUUGGCAGCCCUUGUUAAGUUCCAGCGAUCACGCCGCUUACUAGGAGUUUGUUAUAUUGUUGUCAAGGUUUCCUUGUUAGUGGUGGUUGAAAUCGGUGUGUUUCCUCUCAUUUGUGGCUGGUGGUUGGAUAUAUGCUCCUUGGAGAUGUUUGAUGCCACUCUGAAAGACAGAGAAUUGAGCUUUCAGUCUGCCCCAGGCACCACAAUGUUUCUGCACUGGUUGGUUGGAAUGGUUUAUGUCUUCUAUUUUGCAUCCUUCAUCCUUUUGCUAAGAGAGGUAUUGAGACCUGGUGUCUUAUGGUUUCUCAGGAAUUUGAAUGAUCCAGACUUCAAUCCUGUGCAGGAAAUGAUUCACUUGCCCAUCUAUAGACAUCUCAGGAGGUUUAUCUUAUCAGUGAUUGUUUUUGGAUCAAUUGUACUGCUCAUGCUCUGGCUUCCUAUACGGAUUAUUAAGUAUCUCCUGCCUAAUUUUCUUCCAUAUAAUGUUAUGCUCUACAGUGAUGCUCCAGUAAGUGAACUUUCCCUAGAGCUGCUUUUGCUUCAGGUGGUGCUUCCAGCUUUGCUAGAGCAAGGACAUACAAGACAGUGGUUGAAAGGUCUUGUACGAGCAUGGACUGUUACUGCUGGAUACUUGCUGGAUCUUCAUUCUUACCUACUUGGUGAUCAGGAAGAGAAUGAAAACAAUGCAAAUCAGCAACCUAACAACCAGCAUGCUCGUAAUAAUAAUGCCAUUCCAGUUGUGGGAGAAGGUCUCCAUGCAGCCCAUCAAGCCAUACUUCAACAAGGAGGACCUGUGGGUUUCCAGCCUUAUCGUAGGCCUUUAAAGUUCCCACUCAGGAUAUUUCUUUUGAUUGUUUUCAUGUGCAUAACAUUAUUGAUUGCUAGUCUUAUCUGCCUUACCUUACCAGUGUUUGCCGGCCGGUGGUUAAUGUCAUUUUGGACGGGGACUGCCAAAAUCCAUGAACUGUACACAGCUGCCUGUGGUCUUUAUGUCUGUUGGCUGACUAUCCGAGCAGUGACAGUGCUGGUUGCCUGGAUGCCACAGGGUCGUAGAGUCAUUUUCCAGAAGGUCAAAGAAUGGUCUCUCAUGAUAAUGAAGACAUUGAUAGUGGCUAUACUGCUCGCUGGUGUGGUUCCACUUUUGCUCGGUCUUCUGUUUGAACUGGUCAUUGUCGCCCCUUUGAGAGUUCCUUUGGAUCAAACACCUCUCUUCUACCCUUGGCAGGACUGGGCUCUUGGAGUUCUGCAUGCCAAAAUAAUUGCUGCCAUAACACUGAUGGGUCCCCAGUGGUGGCUGAAAACUGUUAUUGAACAGGUAUAUGCAAAUGGAAUUCGUAACAUUGACUUACACUUCAUCAUCCGUAAACUGGCAGCACCCGUUAUCUCUGUCCUCUUACUUUCCCUUUGUGUGCCGUACAUCAUAGCUUCGGGUGUUGUACCUUUACUGGGAGUUACUUCUGAAAUGCAGAACCUCGUUCAGCGACGGAUUUAUCCUUUUCUGCUUAUGGUGGUGGUUUUGAUGGGAAUUCUGUCCUUCCAAGUCCGCCAGUUCAAGCGCCUUUAUGAACAUAUUAAAAAUGACAAGUACCUUGUUGGACAACGACUUGUGAAUUAUGAACGGAAGUCUGGUAAACCAGGCACAUCAACAGCUCCACCUCAGUCUUCACAAGAAUAGAUGGUCAUAUUAAACAUCUUGACCUUCCCUUUGCCUUUACAUGUCCUUUUUUCAUAGACUCUUCUUGUCUUUGGAUAUCUCUCCCAAUAAUAUUCUCAGCAGUGUUUUGGCUUCUGUUGGUAGCAUCCAGAUAGCAGUUAAGGCUCUGUUUCUUAUCUGCAUUUUCUGAUGUUGUAAAUGCUGUCUGAGGUCUGUAUAUGUGUAUAUAGAAGUGUCCUGACACCCUAAAACCUUGGAUUAAAAAGAAUGUGCAUUGUACAUCUUUAAAAAGUAUAUUAAUUUAUUAAAUCUAGUUGUCACUUUAUUUUGGACUGCUGUUCUGUUGACAAUGUGCCACAAAGCAAUAGUGUGAAGAGGCAAGACGUUUUUAUAAAAUUUGGAGCUUACUUUAUGGUGUUCAUAACAGUUCUUAUUGUAGUAAUACAGUAUGAUUUUUCAUGAGUGGAAAGGCCAUAUAGAGAAUAUCAAAAGUAAAUAACUGUCUUACAGUCAGCAAUGAAAUUGCUGUGUUGAGAACAUAAUGAACUAUGUAUCUUACUGUCCAGUCUUUUUUAUUAUUUUGUAUAACACCAAAGCUGUUGUACAUUUUUCUAUUGCCUGAUUGUUUUUCAUGUGUCAGAGUUUGUAAUAUUGUACAGUUGCUGUUAAAUCAAGAAAAUACUUCCUCUUCUGAGAAUUGAGAUGUACUUGUUGAGGCUCAGCUGGAUUUUUCUAUUUGGUUGAAGGGGGUAGAUGAGUGUUGGCUUUGGGAUCAGGAUUUCAUGAAUUGAAACAGUAAGUAAAAAUUUACUAAGGCUAGGUGAUGGAAGCAUUUAACGGUACCAAGAAAAAUUAGAUAGGUUCACAACUUAGUAGCCAAUUUCUUAUCAAUAUUAGGCUUUUUCAGAAUAUCAAGAAAGGGGAUGAACCUUAACUGAUGUGCUUGCACAGCAGAAGGAGCAUAGUGUAAGCAACGUCCUGACCUGAUCCUUUAGUUAAAGAACUUGAAAUCUUCUUUCUAUAAGCUACCAAAGUUGAAAAUUGUAGUAUGAAUUUUAUAUUGCACAAUUACUUUUAAAAAAACCAACCCAACCAAAAAAAAUUCUCUCAGAAUUGGUCACUGUGAAUUUUAUGGGAAUAAUACUGAGGAAGUGAUUGAUCAUGUACCAUUUAUGGCCUGAGGGGCAGGGAAAUACAUAUGCUAUUAAACAGGCAAGGAAAAGUUAUCAGGUUUCUUUGCAAGAACACAGUCAAACAAGAGCCACCAAAUCAAGUCUGUGUUAUUUCUAUAUGUAGAUAGAGUUCUUUUGCAGUAAUGUCUGGGGGUGGGGGUUAUGUAGAUAAAGAAAAUACAUAACAGUAUCACAGAGCUUUAAGUAGCAUCAAAUCACAUGCUUAGAUUGCAGUAUCUUUCCUGGACCAAUGCAGAAAAUGUGAAUAUCCAUUGCAGUAAUGAGAAAAUUGAUGGAACAUUUAACUUGCUAUUCAGUACACUCUCCUUCAGUAUUCUGUACUUUACCGUGUGUAUAUAAUUAUUACUUGAGAAUCUGGCAGGUGCUUUUAAAGUGUCAUCUCCUUUUAUUGAUGUUGCAUCUCUGAUCUCACAUGGUAUGAGCUAAUGUGGUCCAGGCUGUGAUGGUGGUACUUCAUUGUUUUGGUGUCUGGACUCAUAUUCUAAGGCAGCAAGCACAAGCCAAAUGCAUCUGAAUCUAGUGGCAGGAGGAUUGGGCUGUCACCCUCAGAUCCAUACUAUUUUAUAGAAUUGCUGUUGUCCUGAUGGUUUUAAACCACAAAUAUUACUGUUUGGAGUGAUUUAUUAGGAAAUUUCCAGUGAAAUGAAAUCAUAGAAAAAUAGCCAAAAUAUUUUUUCAUUUCCUGUUGCUGAUUUAAUGCUAAACUGAGUAUAUAUUCGCCCCAUAUAUUUUUGAUGUGCAUAAAUAUUGCAUUUGAUUAUUUACAGUGGUGUACAUUGUGGGACAGAUAUAUUUUCACAAUAAUAAAUUCACUGGUAACAUACAUUCUUACUUAUGCCAAGAUUAUGUUUUUGACAUACCUUUCCAAAAUGGUCUUGCCACUCAAAUAUUGCAAACACUACUGUGCAUCAUGCAGAAUUUGCAGUAGUGUGGUAUUUGUAACUUUUUGUUUUUAUUCGGACAAAUUGCUCUUAAUAUUAAAAUUUAUUAAGAAAAAGCCUUUGUGCUGUUUCUUAUUACUGGUAUUUUACAAGUCAUUAAAGAAAAUAGCAAAUCGGGCCAGUCAUGCAAUGUGAACUGCAGCUAUUUUGAUGUAGCUUACAUUAUCUGUAUUUGCUUUUAUUUUAUGGAAAACUGGUUUCCAAUCCAACUGUUGUGGUGGCAUUUGCACUGCUUUAUAGAUUCCAGGUGAAGUUUGUUUCCAGAACUGUCCAUUGUGAACUUUCCAGAAAUCUCAUCUCCUUAUUUUUACACAUUUUUGAAAGAAUAUGGAGGUUGUAGAGAACAGGAAUUAAAUAACAGUACUUUAUAAAUUGUUUUUAAUUUCAA